CCAUCUUCGAAAGGCCUGUGGCGAACGGCGAGGCACCAGAACUAACGCCUCCAUGCUCGUUAGCGGAGCAACGUGAGUGGAACGUACGCGCAUAUUCCCAGCUCUCUCACCUCAGCGUAAAGUGAACCACUCACGGAAAAAGUUGAUCGGUUCCGACCAUUCUCCGCUUUCCCUGUCGUCUCGCCCAAAUCUUGGGGCGUUCGCUACGGAAGAAGAAAUGGGGGACUACGUUCCACUGAGCCCAGGCCCCGAGGAAGCGGAAGCCUCGAGGAAGGAAGGCAGGAGAGCCGGAGGCACUCGCGUCGCCUCUCUCGACGUCUUCCGAGGUCUCUCGAUCGCUCUGAUGAUAUUUGUUGAUUAUGCUGGUUCUGUACUGCCAUUUGUUGCUCAUGCUCCUUGGGUUGGUGUACGCCUUGCGGACUUUGUGAUGCCAUUUUUUCUUUUCAUCGCUGGUAUUUCUGUUUCAAUUGUCUACAAGAACAAAUCCAGAAAACUUCAAUUAACAUGGAAGGCAAUGAUAAAGGCAGUUAAACUCUUCAUUGUCGGUAUUUUUCUCCAAGGUGGUUACUUUCAUGGAAUAAAUUCGCUGACUUUUGGUGUUGAUAUUCAGAAAAUUCGUCUGUUUGGUGUUCUACAGAGGAUAGCUAUUGGGUACAUUGUUGCUGCUUUAUGUGAAAUAUGGUUUUCGAGCAACCGAACUAUGAUCGUUGAACGUGGAAUGUUUAAGAAUUAUCAAUAUCAGUGGAUCAUAGUGGUUUUACUAUCUGGUAUAUACUUGGGGCUGUUGUAUGGUGCAUAUGUUCCAGAUUGGCAGUUUGAAAUGCAAGAAAUAUCAUUAAAUUCUUCCCUGCCAACUAGUUACACCAUUGAGACGGUUAAAUGUGAAGUAAGAGGUGAUCUUGGACCAGCAUGUAAUGUGGCUGGAAUGAUUGACCGCAAUGUCCUUGGCAUCAAACACCUGCAUAAAACACCUGUAUAUAGACAUUUGAAGGAAUGUAUGACUCCGAAGGAUGGUAAUGGAGUGAACACUUACCCAUCCUGGUGCCAUGCACCCUUUGAUCCGGAAGGCAUCUUAAGCUCGUUAACUGCUGUUGUGACUUGCAUAUUUGGGCUUCAUUUUGGUCAUAUUCUUGUUCUUUUGGAGGAUCACAAGGAUCGACUAACAAAAUGGCUACUGUUUUCACUUUCAGUUUUCACACUUGGGCUAUUUCUUGCAUUUAUGGGAGUUCCUCUGAACAAAUCACUAUAUACAAUCAGUUACAUGUUACUUACAACGGGUGUCGCUGGAUUUGUAUUAUGUGCUCUAUAUGUACUGGUGGAUGUUUAUGGAUAUAGGUGUCCUACUUUUGUGUUUGAGUGGAUGGGAAGGCAUUCUCUUUGCAUCUUUGUUCUUGUGGCCUCGAACAUAGCUGUCAUCGCACUACAAGGGUUUUACUGGAGAAACCCUAAAAACAACAUUGAAAAUGUCUCUUUUUUUCUUUCUCGUCCUUGAACUUCUUGGUAGUGACAAACCAACGAUAACAACACCAGAAGCAACCACAAUGGUGUUGUUGGUGUGAUAGUGGCCAUAGCGCUGUUGGUGUGGUCGGAAGCUGGUGGUAGUGGUGUAUGAUGGUCAUAGUGAUGGAGUGUUGCUGGCGAUCAUGGGUUAUUAUUACAUAGCAAUAGUGGCAAAGGUGGUGAUUAUUGUGUGGCUAAAGUGGCAGUGGAGUUGGUGAGGGUGACAAAAAUUGACCGUGGAGGCAAAUUCUCUACUUGAUUGGAAUGGCUACCAGCUUGACCCUCUCAAACACUUUUAGUUGGUGA